AUGGCCGAGGAUACGCGAGACGGAAACUCGACCCCCUCAUCAACUCCGAAAAACAAACCAAAACAUGAUUUCCCCAAAUCUCAAGUUGGGAAGCUAUGGGAUGCUUUUGGGAACCCUGAGGAACCGAUCAAUGUCCUCCCGGGAGCGACAUAUGAUCCAAGCCGCGAGAAACCAAAAGAAUUGACCAUGUCACAGUCUCUCAGCUCGAUUACUAUGAAAGACUUCAGCAAUUUUCACAGGAAGCCAUGCGCUCGGGAUUCGCUGAUGUUGGGAAUGGGUGCUGGCUUUGGUAUCGGAGGUAUUCGGGGCAUAGUUGGAGGAUUCACGGCUAUAUGGCCUGCUUGUAACUGGGCAGUUGGGACAUUCGCGAUUACUUCGAUUAUUUCUUACGAAUUCUGCCAACGUCGCCGAGUCAAUGAAGUGAAGGGGAUGAAAGAGGCUGUAGAGCUCAUGCAACAACUCAAAGUCAAGAAAGAGAAAGAAACUGAGCAAUUGAAAGCAGCCCGGGAGGCCGAGGCGGCGACAGAACGCAAGCAAAAGAGUUGGACCAAUCUUUCGAAUUACAAGUUUUGGUAA